CUGGGAGGGGGAGGGGGAGGGGCGUGGUUGGAGCCGGAAGUGACUGUGGCUGACCUGGCAAUUUCACUUCAGUUUUACAGUCUUCAGAUUGAACUUUGCCACUGGCACCCUUGGCCCUCAGGACCCUGUGGGCCAAAGGUGGAGUGGGGCAGGCAGCGGGGACUGUACCUCCGGGCCCUUCCUGGAGCUGUUACUUGGACCAUGGCCCCGGGCUUUCUUUGAGCCGUUGUCCCUCCCACGUGGUGACAAUGGAAAGAUCCUGAGGGAGAAUCCCAGCUGGGUGUGUGGGGCUUGUUCAUGGGAGGGGCUGUAGUCUGUGGGGCCCCCAGUUUCUCCAUUCUCUUGUUAAACGUAAACUUAGGGCCGGGUGCGGUGGCUUCCUCUGUUGGGGAACUCAAAGUCUCUGGGUUGCCUAUCGUUGUUGUUAAACGCAGAGACAGGGAAUUGAUUCGUAAAAAAGAUUGUUGGAUGUCCCGACCCACGGGACGUCAACGGGGGACGCAGGAACCACCUAAGGGAGAAAAACAAACAAGGGGCGUGAAAAAGGCAGACAAAACAGUUUUCUGAUCAAGUCUCAAACUUUAUUGAAAAACUUGUGCCUUAUAAGCAUUAUGGGGAAGGAGGGUGUGUCUUGUUGGGAGGUUCAGAGGAGUUGUCAACUGGGGAUUGGCUAAAAUAAGCUAGAUGGGGCAUAAGGUGAUUGUUUGGUUAGUUGCCCGGUAAAGGGUAAAGGUGAAACUUUUUUACGUAAAAAGGAAGUAAGGCUGAGCUGUGCCUUCUAUGGCUUCCGACAGUUGGAAGAGCUAGUAAUUCCGGAGAACAGUGAGAGUACAUUUUUUUUUUUUUUUCCAGACAGAGUCUCACUAUAUCGCCCUCAGUAGAGUGCUGUAGCGUCAAUUCUUGGGCUUAAGCAAUUCUCUUGCCUCAGCCUCCCACGUAGCUGGGACUACAGGCGCCCACCACAAUGCCUGGCUAUGUUUUGUCCUUGCAACUGUCAUUGUUGUUUAGCAGGCAGGGGCUGGGUUCGAAGGCACCAGCCCCUGUGUAUGGGCCGGCCCCAUAACUACCAGCACAGCCUGAGAUUACAUUUUUAAGUGUUGUUUUAGAGAGAGGAUACUCGAGAAGGUCUAGGAGAACAGGUCUUCUCAAGAAGACCACAAGGAAACACCUGUAGGGUCCUCUCCAUGGUGACUCAGCUUUUGGGAAUUUGUAGAGUUAACUUCUUGCAACUUGGAAAUUGCCAAGUUCAGUGAAGUCCUGUAGUUCUGUAGGGGCUGGAAUAGCAUCUCCCGCUUGAUUCAAACUGGCCAGUGAGAAAGGCACCUGUGGGGUAGAACUUUUUGACUGUCAAUGAAAAGGGAAAGACCAAGCCAGUAGGGGGCGAGGCCAGUUGGAAUUCUUCUUUGCUGUUAAGUUCCCUACUGUCAAGUGACUAAGACAAGAUCAACCUUGGUGCUCCAAAAGAUGGUCAUCGAGGGCCCAGAAUCCGUCUCUACUCGUUUUCAGCCUGUUCAUACCAGCUAUGGGAAGAACCCUUUAUAUGGACAAAGGCGCAGAGCUCUGGAAAGCUGGGGACUCACAGGCAGAUGUGGUUGAUGGAUGUGGAAGGGAAUGUUGACAUUCAAGGACGUGUCUAUAGAGUUCUCUAUGGAUGAGUGGGCCUGCCUGGACCCUACUCAGCAGACUUUUUAUCGGGACGUCAUGUUGGAGAACUACAGACACCUGGUCUUCCUAGGUCUUGCUGUCUCUAAGCCAGACCUCAUCACCUGUCUGGAGCAAAGCAAAGAACCCUGGAUGGUGAAGACUCACCAGACAGUAGUCCAGCAGCCAGAUGUAUCUAAUCAUUCUACCCAAGACCAUUUCCAAGAGCUGGGCACAAAUAUAUUAUACCCAGAGAUAACACUGAGAAGAUAUCAAAGCUGUGGCCUGGAGAAUUUAAACUUAACAAAAGACUGGGAAAGUGUUUCUGAAUGUACUCAGCAGAAAGUAUAUUACAGUGGAUGUGACCAAUGUUUAACAGCUAGCCAUGGCAAAGUCUGCCAAUGUAGUAAAUAUACGAGAGUCUUUAGACAUUUGUCAAAUCUAAAUAGACAUAAGAUGAUAUAUACCAUAGAGAAAACUUUUCAGUAUAAAAAGUAUGGGAAAGCCUAUAACCACUGCUCACACAUUACUAAAUGUAAGAUAAUGCAUACUGGAGAAAAACAGUACAAAUAUAAAGAAGGUGGCAAAGUCUUUAAAUUUUGCUCAAGCCUAUCUAACCAUAAGAAACUCCACCCUGGGGAGAAACUGUAUAAGUUUAAAAAUUAUGGGGAAUGUGUUAGGCACAGAUCAAAAUAUUAUAACCAUAAGAAUAUUAAUACUGGAAGAAAAACCUACAACUAUAAAGAAUGUGAUGAACUUACCAAUCAGUACUCACAUCUUUCUGGACAUGAAAGAAUUUAUUCUGGAGAUAAACCCUACAAAUGUCAAGAAUGUGGCAAAGCCUUUAAGUGGUACUCAAUCCUUUCUGUACAUCAAAGAAUUCAUUCUGGAGAGAAACCCUAUAAAUGUGAAGAAUGUGGUAAAGCCUUUAACCGGCACUCAAACCUUUCUGUACAUCAAAGAAUUCACUCGGGAGAAAAGUCCUACAAAUGUGAAGAAUGUGGCAAAGCCUUUAAGCAGUACCCAAGUCUUUCUCAACAUAAAAGAAUUCAUUCUGGAGAGAAACCCUACAAAUGUCAAGAAUGUGGCAAAGCCUUUAAGUGGCACUCAAUCCUUUCUGUACAUCAAAGAAUUCAUUCUGGAGAGAAACCCUACAAAUGUCAAGAAUGUGGCAAAGCCUUUAACCGGCACUCAAACCUUUCUGUACAUCAAAGAAGUCACUCGGGAGAAAAACCUUACAAAUGUGAAGAAUGUGGCAAAGCCUUUAAGCAGUACCCAAAUCUUUCUAAACAUAAAAGAAUUCAUUCUGGAGAGAAAUCCUACAAAUGUCAAGAAUGUGGCAAAGCCUUUAACCGGCACUCAAUCCUUUCUGUACAUCGAAGAAUUCAUUCUGGAGAGAAACCCUACAAAUGUGAAGAAUGUGGCAAAGCCUUUAAGCAGUACCGAAGUCUUUCUACACAUAAAAGAAUUCAUUCUGGAGAGAAACCCUACAAAUGUCAAGAAUGUGGCAAAGCCUUUAAUGACAUUUCAACCCUUACUAAACAUCAAAGAAUUCAUUCCGGGGAGAAACCCUACAAAUGUGAAGAAUGUGGCAAAGCCUUUAACCGGCACUCAAACCUUUCUGUACAUCAAAGAAUUCACUCGGGAGAAAAAUCCUACAAAUGUGAAGAAUGUGGCAAAGCCUUUAAGCAGUACUCAAGUCUUUGUAGACAUAAAGGAAUUCAUUCUGGAGAGAAACCCUACAAAUGUCAAGAAUGUGGCAAAGCCUUUAAGUGGUACUCAAUCCUUUCUGUACAUCAAAGAAUUCAUUCUGGAGAGAAACCCUACAAAUGUCAAGAAUGUGGCAAAGCCUUUAACCGGCACUCAAACCUUUCUGUACAUCAAAGAAGUCACUCGGGAGAAAAACCUUACAAAUGUGAAGAAUGUGGCAAAGCCUUUAAGCAGUACCCAAAUCUUUCUAAACAUAAAAGAAUUCAUUCUGGAGAGAAACCCUACAAAUGUCAAGAAUGUGGCAAAGCCUUUAACCGGCACUCAAUCCUGUCUGUACAUCAAAGAAUUCAUUCUGGAGAGAAACCCUACAAAUGUGAAGAAUGUGGCAAAGCCUUUAAGCAGUACCGAAGUCUUUCUAGACAUAAAAGAAUUCAUUCUGGAGAGAAACCCUACAAAUGUCAAGAAUGUGGCAAAGCCUUUAAUUAUAUUUCAACCCUUACUAAACAUCAAAGAAUUCAUUCUGGAGAGAAACCCUACAAAUGUCAAGAAUGUGGCAAAGCCUUUAAUGAUAUUUCAACCCUUACUAAACAUCAAAGAAUUCAUUCUGGAGAGAAACCCUACAAAUGUCAAGAAUGUGGCAAAGCCUUUAACCAGCACUCACACCUUUCUGUACAUCAAAGAAGUCACUCGGGAGAAAAAUCCUACAAAUGUGAAGAAUGUGGCAAAGCCUUUAAGCACUCCUCAAGUGUUUCUAAACAUAAAAUAAUUCAUUCUGGAGAGAAACCCUACAAAUGUGAAGAAUGUGGCAAAGCCUUUAAGUACUACUCAAGUGUUUCUAAACAUAAAAUAAUUCAUUCUGGAGAGAAACCUUACAAAUGUGCAGAAUGUGGCAAAGCCUUUAAGCAGUACCCAAGUCUUUCUCAACAUAAAAGAAUUCAUUCUGGAGAGAAACCCUACAAAUGUCAAGAAUGUGGCAAAGCCUUUAGGUGGUACCCAAGUCUUUCUAAACAUAAAAGAAUUCAUUCUGGAGAGCAACCCUACAAAUGUCAAGAAUGUGGCAAAGCCUUUAACCGGCACUCAAACCUUUCUGUACAUCAAAGAAGUCACUUGGGAGAAAAGUCCUACACAUGCGAAGAAUGUGGCAAAGCCUUUACUCGGAGUUUAUCCCUUUUCGCACAUCAAAGAAUUCAUUCCGGAGAGAAACCCUACAAAUGUGAAGAAUGUGGAAAAGCCUUUAACUGGUACUCAACACUUUCUGUACAUAGAAGAAUUCAUUCUGGAGAGAAACCCUACAAAUGUCAAGAAUGUGGCAAAGCCUUUAACCGGAACUCACACCUUUCUGUGCACCAAAGAAUUCAUUCUGGGGAGAAAUCCUACAAAGUCAAGAAUGUGGUAAAACCUUUAAUUAGUGUGUAACCUUUCUAAAAUACAAGAAUUCAUUCAAGGGAGAAACCUUAUAAAUAUGAACACUGUGGCAAACCCUUUAUUCACAUUCAAACCUCACUGUACAUAAAAUAAAUCAUACAGGACAGAAACCCUACAAAUAUGAAGAAUGUAGAAGUAUCCUUACCUGGUGUUCAUGGCUUGCUAAGGAUAAAAGAAUUCACACUGGAGAGAAAUUCUACAAAUGUGAACAGUGUGGUAAUGUCUUUUACUGGAGCUCAAACCUUACAACACAUAAGAAAAUUCAGAUUGGAAAGAAAUUUUACAAAUGUGAAUGAUGUGGCAAAAAUUUUCAGUGGUCUUCAGCCCUUAGUAAAACAUAAGAGAAAUCAUAGCAGAGAAAAACGGUAACAUUAUGAAGAUGUGGCAAACCCUUAUGCCAGUAGUGACAGUUUUUUUACAUAAUAGAAUUCUUUUUUUGUUUUUUGUGACAGUGGCUUACUAUGUCACCGUCGGUAGUGUGUUGUGGCAUCACAGCUCACAGCAACCUCCAGCUCCUGGGCUUAGGCAACUCUCCUGCCUCAGCCUCCCAAGUAGCUGGGACCACAGGCACUGGCCACAAUGCCUGGCUAUUUUUUGUUGCAGUUUGGCCAGGGCCGGGUUCAAACCCGCCACCUUCGGUAUAUGGGGCUGGCACCCUUCCCACUGAGCCACAAGCACUACCCCACAAAAAAAUUCUUAUUGAAUAAAAACUGUACAAAUGUGAAGAACUUGACAAGUGUUUAACUUGUCCUCAAACCAUUCUAUAUAUGAAAACUUUACAUAACAGAGAAAAAUCCCUACAAAUUUGAAGUGUCAAAUCCUGUAACCUCACACAUUUCAGUACCUAACAGAAUUCCUAGCAAAAUUCUAUAUAUGUGAAGAGUGAGAAAAUGUUUUUAAAUAUUCCUCACACUUUUCUAAUCAUAAUUCAUAUGGAAGAAAUACUCUAGAAAUCUCAAUCAUGUCUCAAGGCCUUAAAAUUUUGUUUAUACUGUUCAAUAGGUCUAAGGAGAGACAAGGGGAAAUGAUAAAUGAUACUGGGAAUUUUUUUGUCCUUAACAAGAGAAACACAUUAACUAGGGGGGCCUUCCAUGGAAAAAACGUUGGCAUUUGAAGAAAGCUUCCAAAACCUGAUGUUUUCCCUACAAAAAAUGGGCCUCAGAGGUAGAGAGGCCACAAUGUGGAGAUAUGACCGAGGCCACAAAAAGGGAUCUUUGAAGCAGGUAUACAAUUAAGGUGACGGCAGCUGCAAGUGACCUAUUUUCUAUAGUAUAAUAAAAUUCACACCACUUCUAUCACACUUUACAAAUAAAACGACAACAUGUGGAUAUUGAUUAUAGGGAUAGAAAUGGGAGGACUCUCCAUUCUGGAAGAUUUUUCCCUUUCCAGGAAAAAUCAUGAAUAUUUUACCCCCAUACCACUUAACAUAGAAUUGGAAAAUCUCUAUAAAGGAGAAAAAUCUUACUAAACCCAAGGUCUUCUCUACAUGAAAAUGUAGUGUCUUCCUUCUCUAGAGUGUCCUUUAAUAAACUGACCUUUUGUUUGUUUAUUUAUUUA